UUCUCUUUUCUCUCAGACUCAGUUUCUCAUCUCCCUAAACUCACAUUUCCCACCCAGAAUCAUUGCUACUAGACUAGUACAACUGCUCUUCCUAUCGAUUGGACCUCAUCACUAAGCCCCCUGUAACAUUAACAUGGCUGUUAAAACCAAACGGACAGUGUCUGUCAUCAAACGCCACAGUUGCAUUAAACCAAGCUCACCAACAGUUUCUUGUGCCUAGGGUUUUCUACUUUGUUAUUUUUUGUCUUCCUAUAAGUACUGUAACAACGGGAGGAGACUGGAAAAUCCCUAGGGAAUAAUAGACUAACGGACGGCUGAAAUUUGAUCAGCAUCAACUCCUACGUAUGUUUUACAGCUAAGACCAUAGUACAGGUAUUUUAUCAUCCAAGAGCAGUGAGAUAGAGCUUUCCUUCCCAUCAAUCCUUUCAAGCUUGCUUGUCAUCCACAUAGGAUAUGAUGCUCUCCAUAAACCAUAGUUAAGUUUACCACUUUUUCUUCUCUCUCUUUCGCUUCCACUAUAUUACCAUUGCAUCAGUGGCACUGGCACUGCAGCUCACGAGGUGAAAGUGCCUUUCAUUGGGAAGGAAAAGCUCAGUAGGAUUUGCGCAGGCACACGUUAACACAGUGUGCACCUUCUAUGCUUUAAUACUAAACUAUUAAAUUUUAGAGAGAGUCAGGAGAGUCUGUGUGUGUGUUUUAUAUGAACGAGACACUGUUUUUGUUCAGAUAGAAAAGAGAGUACUGAACCACCCAUUUCCAAGGGAAGUCUUCUGUAUCUAACUUUUACAGAUCAUACAAGGAGGAGAAAAUAAAAGAAAAACUAAUUUUUGCAACUGACUAGGGUUUUCUGUCAUUUGUUGAAGAAAACUGAUUGCGUUUGCUUGAAAACCGGGAGUGCUAUUUGGAGACCCAACAGUCUUUCUGUAGACAACAGAAAGAUUUGCUGUGCGGGUGUUCGGAUAUAAAUAUUGCAUGGUUUUUUUUAUCAGUGGCGUAACAAGCCUGAAAUAUAGAGGAAGAGAAUGGAAAAAGGAUCUUGUAGUAGCAGCAGCAAGCCAAAUUUCAAUCUCAGUAAUGGACUUUCUUCUAUGUUGAUGAUGAAUAGUUCUGGUUCUGGAGCAGAAACAAGUGGUAAGGUGUUGUUUCCUACGUUGAGUGGAAACAACUAUAAUAGCCAAAAGGUUCCAGGUUUGAUGCCUCAAGAUAGCAACUGCGAUUUCAUCCACAUGACCAACAAUACUUCCAUGAAGGCUAAGAUUAUGGCUCAUCCUUACUUCCCUCGCCUGCUGGCUGCCUAUGUCAACUGUCAAAAGGUUGGGGCACCUCCCGAAGUGGUAGCUAGGUUACAUGAAGUCUGCGUUUCUGGGGAAGCCAUGAAUAAUUCAUCUGUAACAACUUGCUUAGGUGAGGAUCCCGCGCUUGACCAAUUCAUGGAAGCCUACUGUGAAAUGUUAAUCAAGUACGAGCAAGAGCUUACAAAACCCUUCAGAGAAGCCAUGUUUUUCCUCUCAAAGAUCGAGUACCAGCUCAAACUCCUUACUGUUUCUUCUAAUUCUGGUCAAACUGCAUCUUCUGAGGAAGAGGUUGAUUUGAAUGACUUCUACAUUGAUCCCCUAGCUGAAGAUAGGGAACUGAAAGGUCAGCUUUUGCGCAAAUAUAGUGGAUACCUGGGCAAUCUCAAGCAGGAAUUCAUGAAGAAAAAGAAGAAAGGGAAACUGCCAAAGGAAGCCCGGCAGCAGUUGUUAGAUUGGUGGAAUGUACAUUACAAGUGGCCUUAUCCAUCGGAGUCGCAAAAGCUAGAGCUUGCUGAAUCUACUGGCCUAGAUCCGAAACAAAUUAACAACUGGUUUAUCAAUCAGAGGAAGCGUCACUGGAAGCCUUCAGAGGAUAUGCAGUUUGUUGUGAUGGAGGGCGGAUAUCCCCACUACUAUUUGGAAAAUAAUGUCAUGGGCAAUCCCUUCCCCAUGGAUUGCAAUCCAACACGCUUUUGACGAUAAUUUCCAUGACGUUUUCCAUUAACUGUGUUUCGAAACACCAGUACUAUGUUAACCUUUCUGGAAUCUAACCAGCAGUACCAGUCAAAUUAGAUGAAUUAUGUAUGGACAGGAAGGGAAUUACCACUACCCAUCUGGGCUUGUCCCCUGCAUUGUAGAAUAAUACAAGUCUAUCACAGCUUGAUGUUUCUCAGUACCUGGCUUAUCAGUGAUCUAUUAUAUGUUUCAUAUUUGGCUACA